AUGGUCCAAGAAUUGUACGACAUCGUCAUCGUUGGCGCCGGUCCUGUCGGUCUGCUCCUCUCCCUAUGCAUGUCACGAUGGGGCUACAAGGUUAAGCACAUUGACAACCGACCGGUACCGACCGCCACUGGCCGCGCCGACGGUAUUCAGCCACGCUCUACUGAGAUCUUGCGCAACCUGGGCCUGAAACGCGCCAUCAUGGCCUACGAGCCCGCCAAGGUGUAUGAUGUUGCUUUUUGGGACCCCAAGGGCGAUGGUUCUGGUAUCACCCGGACCGGCAGCUGGCCUAGCUGCCCUCGUUUCAUUGACACUCGCUACCCGUUCACCACCCUUGUCCACCAGGGCAAGAUUGAGCGCGUGUUCCUGGACGAGAUCGAGAAGGCCGGUACCCGCGUCGAGCGGCCAUGGACUAUCGUCGGCUUCAAGAACGACGGCGCCGACGACGAAUACCCCGUAGAGGUCAACCUGAAGUGCAUCGACACCAAUGUUAUCGAGAACGUCCGCACCAAGUACCUCUUCAGUGGCGAGGGUGCUCGCAGCUUCGUCCGUUCGCAGCUGGGCAUCCAGAUCCGUCACAAGGACCCCAUCGCCUACGUCUGGGGUGUCAUGGACGGCGUUGUCCGCACCAACUUCCCUGAUAUCGAGACCAAGUGCACUAUUCACUCCGACGCCGGUUCGAUCAUGGUCAUCCCCCGUGAGGGCAACAUGGUCCGCCUCUACGUCCAGAUCGCCUCGUCCACCGACCCCGAUUUCGACCCUCGCAAGACUGCCACCGCCGAGGAGGUCCAGCAGACUGCCAAGAACAUCCUGAAGCCCUACUGGCUCGAGUGGGACCGUGUUGAGUGGUACUCUGUGUACCCCAUCGGCCAGGGCAUUGCUGAGAAGUAUACCCUGGACGAGCGCGUCUUCAUGGGUGGUGAUGCCUGCCACACUCACAGCCCCAAGGCCGGUCAGGGCAUGAACACUGCCUUCCACGAUGCUCUCAACAUGGCCUGGAAGAUCCACGCUGUAGAGACUGGCUUCGCCGACCGCUCCAUCCUGAGCACCUACGAGAGCGAGCGCAAAGACAUCGCUGAGACUCUGCUGAACUUCGACGCCAAGUACGCCGCUCUGUUCUCCAAACGCCGUCCUAACGCUGGUGAGAUCUCCGCCAGUAAGGCUGUUUCUUCUGGCGCCGAGGAAGAGGAGGAUGAGUUUGUCAAGACCUUCAAGUCGUCCUGCGAGUUCACCAGCGGCUACGGUGUCGCCUACAAGCCCAACGUCUUCAACUGGGAUGCUAGCCACCCCGCCAAGUCUAGUCUGUUCAACAUCCCCGGCGUCCGUCUGACUGCCGGCCGUGCUUUCACCCCGGCGAUGGUGACCCGCCUUGCGGACGCCAACUUCGUUGAGCUGGAGCAAGAAAUCCCAACCAACGGAUCUUUCCGCAUCUUCGUCUUCGCCGGCAACCAGAACAAGACCAAAAAGGCCAUCGCCGACUUCGCCGCCAACCUGGAGAAGGAGCGCUCCUUCCUCUCUGCCUACCGCCGCCCCGACAUUUCCAACGUCUCGUUCUUUGAGCGCCACAACCCCCACUCCAAGCUUUUCACCAUCUCCGUCAUAUACGCUGCCGCCAAGAAUGAGGUCGAUGUCGACUCCAUUCCCCAGGUUUUGCGGGACUACCACCACCACCUGUACGCUGACGACAUCCCCGAUGUCCGUGUCCCUCAAGCCAAGUUCUCCGCCCACGAGAAGCUCGGCAUUGACGCAGAGAAGGGUGGUAUUGUUGUCACUCGUCCGGACAGCCACGUUGCCUGCACCGUGCAGCUAGUCGAGGGCACUGGCUCCGUUGAUGCCCUUAACGAGUACUUCAACUCGUUCUCGACCAAGGCUCUGGGUCAAGGCCCUCAGGCGAGCCGUCUGUAA